CUUAUAACAGAGCGGAGCACAGAGACAAAUUCAAAAAGGAAAAGGAAACGCUCAUGGUGGUGGAUUAACCCUGUGAAGCCAGUACUAAAGAGUCCAAACCAUGUGUAAAGGAUUAGCUGCCCUGCCUCAGACAUGUCUGGAGAGGGCUAAAGGGAUCAAGACUAAGUUGGGAACUCUGCUCCAAAAGCCAGAUAAUGCCGUUGACCUCAUCAUCCCAUACCCUGAAAAGCCGGAGAAGAAACCAGAAAAGCUUCAGAAGCCAACCCCUGAAGAGGCUGCGCAGUGGCGUGAAUCUCUGGAUCGAGUUCUUAACAACAGCUAUGGACUCGCUACAUUCAAGAGUUUCUUGAGAUCUGAGUUCAGCGAGGAGAAUGUUGAGUUCUGGUUGGCUUGCGAGGAUUUUAAGAAGACCAAAUCACCACUGAAAAUGUCCACCAAGGCCAAGAAGAUUUAUGAAGACUUUAUUCAGACUGGAGGACACAAAGAGGUGAACAUUGAUCAUUUCACCAAAGACGUGACUCUAAGGAACCUGGUUGACCUUUCUCCUGCCACCUUUGACCUGGCUCAGAGCCGCAUCUACAACCUGAUGGAGAAGGAUUCUUUCGGCCGCUUCCUCAAAACUGAGCAAUAUCUGGAGCUCAUCAAGUAAACCAAAGAAGUUAUCCAGCUGUAGGGAGACAACAACUCAAAACAUCCUUAGUGGUAUUGAUUUGGAAACUAUUUUUAAUCCACUAUUAGUCCACGUUUAUGAAUCCAAUUCUUAUUCGUUAGUUAUUUCAUAGAUAAUGAUGGAGCUUCAAAAUCUGAGUCGAAAAAUCUCAUUAAAAAGAUACAAAAGCCAAACUGUCUCCCUAACAGCAUUGAUAAAUAACUUGAUGAUGACAAAAAGACCAGUUAUUCCAUCAACCAAUGUUUUGCCAUUAAAAUAAAAUAAAUCGAAUUGUUCUUAUGCAUAUUGCUCAAAGUACCAUUCACCAUUUGUGUUUGCAUAACCUGUUAGCUGGGAUGGAUUUUAAAUUCUUUGUCUGCGAAAUAAAAUGGAAAAUCCUUGUCAGCCUAAUUCCCACUUGUAAUUCAUUAGACCUGACAAGUGUCUCAUGUUUGUGAAGAGGGGACAUCCUGGCCGCAGAGACGCAGAUCUGAGCACGGCGUCUGCUGUAAAGUGAGAUACGGCUGGUGUGGGGACGGGAGCGAAUGACAAGUGCUUUUUCUUGGAAACGUCCACAUUAAUGUUAACACUCAUAUAUAAAAGCAAUGGAGGGUUGGGGAUGGGGAGGGGGGAUACACUUAAGCCCUAAAAAGGCCCACCAUCAUUCACAGUAAUAGAAAAGAGGGACGUGUUUAAAUGCACCGAGUCUCUGGGAAAAGCCAGGAAGCACGCUUGUUGUGGUGUGUACGUUGCUAAGAUGGGAAAAUCAAGUAAGAGUGGAUCUCCAUAGAGCAUUGGAUAACUUACAAAGGGAACGCUUUUCCAAGAACGUAUAAAGGAUCAUGGAGGAAAAAAAGUAAAGCAAAACCCAAUGAUUAGUCUGUUUAAGUCAAAAUCAUUAAAAUCAUGGAUAUUAUUAUUAUUAUUAUUAUUAUUAUCAUUAUUAUUAUUAUUAUUAUUAUUAUUAUUAUUAUUAUUAUUAUUAAUGACCACAUGCCUAUUGCCCAUUGCAUGUUACCUAAAUUUGUCCUAUGUAUGAAAUAUUUCCCUUAUUAAACUUUGCAUGUGUGAAUCUCACAAUAUGCACUUACAAUAUACUAUUGCAUGUUUUUUGUUGGUUUGUUUUCACCAUAUUAUUGUGCAUUUAAAACAUAUAUAGCAUAUAGUAAUAUAUGCAGCAAUAGGUGGUCCAUAAGUCCUUAUUGUUAUGCCACAGAAACAAAACUAUUAGAACACUGCAGGUCAGAAAAUCAUCAAUUAUUUGACAUUCCUUUUAAAAGUUUAUAAAAAAAAUUCUAUUGUUUUUUUUUUUUAUUGUUGUUUUGUUUUUUGAACAUUGGGAAAGAAAGUUCAUUUCCUCAGCCAAAAUGAAAUCAAAUUAAAUUGUAAUGGCUCCUAAGGACUUAUAGUGCACCUUAUUUAAAAGUCAAUUCAAUCCUAUACGUUUGUAUGUACUAAUGUAGCCACACAUAAAAAUGUAUAAGUGCAUUAAAAGUUGUGAACACCUA